AUGCGCUUCGUCCGCGUGGCCCGGACGCUGCGGGGGGUCCGCGUCAUCCGACUGCUGCGCUACAUCGGCUCCCUGCGCACCAUCGUGGCUCGGUGGAGCAUUCGGUGGCUCAGUGGGAGGAGCGGGGUGGUGUUUCUCUCUUUAAUGUUCUCCAUCGUGAGCACGCUGGGAAGUCUCUUUUGGACUUUGAUCCUGCUGCUGAUGCUCUGGUACUGCUUCAGUGCAGCUUGGAGCAUGCAUCGGGUCUCAGCGGUGAUCAUCACGCAAUCCGUUGCGGACUACUGCCGCUUGAACUUCCUCUUGGACAACAACGACACACAUUGGAGUUCGGUGGCCGAGAGCAUGUUGACGCUCUUCCUGGCCAUUACUGGACCGGUACCGACGCGGCGUUCGCGUGGAGGUUUGAGCUGGUCAGAUGCUUUGUUUCCUUUGCGUUCGGUGGGCUUCACACCCUUCAUCAGCUUGUGUGUCUACAUUGUGAUUACGGUCUUCGCUGUUUUGAAUGUGGUCACAGGUGUGUUCUGCAACACCGCGAUCGAAUCGGCUGGGGCCGACCGGGAGAUUGCCAUUAUGAAGCAGAUGAAGAAGCUGGAUCAGCAGAUGGAGACUCUCCGGGAGAUUUUCGAGGAGAUCGAUAUCGACUGCUCCAGCCAGAUCAACUUAGCAGAGCUUAAGGACGCUUUGAGGUCUGCGAAGUUGAGAACUUUCAUGAACUCCUUGGGCAUCAGCACCGAGGAUGUUUGGACGCUCUUCAUGACAGUGGACACAGAUGGAAGUGGUGAGAUUUCCCUGGAUGAAUUUGUGCACGGAUGCAUGCAACUGCAAGGGCCAGCCAAAGGCUUGCAGGUUGCGAGGAUGAGCUAUGAGAACACGGUGAUGAGGGCCGAAAUGAAGAAGAUCAGGGAAGAUGUGUUGCACUUUCAGACCGUGCCCUGGGCUCUGAAAGGGGCCCGGUUUGCCUGA